AUGACACUCGUAGAAGCUAAGUCUAUUAAAGAUAAAAUGAAAGAGAAGAUUAAGCACCUCAAAGCCGAGGUAAUAAAGAUAAUGAGCAACUUAGCUAAGGAAAAGAAGAAAAGGAAAGAGGUUGAGAAUAAAAUGAGAGAAGUGGACGUAGAGCUUCAAAUAUG